CGCGCCUCGCCGCGCGCGUCCCUGCCCGCGCCCGCGGCGCGUGCCCGCCCCGGUGCAGCCCCUCCUCCCCGCUGUGUUUAUUAGGGGAAGGAGGGCGGAGGCGGAGGCCAGUUCUCCAGCUCCAGCCGCUGUCGCCGCCGCCUGUGCUGUUGCAGCCGCGGCCGCCUCCCGCCACCUCGCCCCGAGAAAGAGAACGCGCGCGAGCUUGGGCGUCCCCGCCCCAGCCUUUCCCAGAGCCAUGAACCCCAACUGCGCCCGGUGCGGCAAGAUCGUGUACCCCACGGAGAAGGUGAACUGUCUGGACAAGUUUUGGCAUAAAGCAUGCUUCCAUUGCGAGACCUGCAAGAUGACACUGAACAUGAAGAACUACAAGGGCUAUGAGAAGAAGCCCUACUGCAAUGCACACUACCCCAAGCAGUCCUUCACCAUGGUGGCUGACACCCCGGAAAACCUUCGCCUCAAGCAACAGAGCGAGCUCCAGAGUCAGGUACGCUACAAGGAGGAGUUUGAGAAGAACAAGGGCAAAGGCUUCAGCGUGGUGGCAGACACACCUGAAUUCCAGAGAAUCAAGAAGACCCAGGACCAGAUCAGUAAUAUAAAGUACCAUGAGGAGUUUGAGAAGAGCCGCAUGGGCCCCAGCGGGGGUGAGGGCAUGGAGCCGGAGCGCCGGGACGCCCAGGACGGCAGCAGCUACCGGCGGCCCCCGGAGCAGCAGCAGCCCCACCACAUCCCGACCAGUGCCCCGGUUUACCAGCAGCCCCAGCAGCAGCCGGCGGCCCAGUCCUAUGGUGGCUACAAGGAGCCUGCGGCCCCUGUCUCCAUACAGCGCAGCGCCCCAGGCGGCGGCGGGAAGCGGUACCGCGCUGUGUAUGACUAUAGCGCCGCCGACGAGGACGAGGUCUCCUUCCAGGACGGGGACACCAUCGUCAACGUGCAGCAGAUCGACGACGGCUGGAUGUAUGGGACGGUGGAGCGCACGGGCGACACAGGGAUGCUGCCCGCCAACUACGUGGAGGCCAUCUGAGCCCCGGGCGCCCCCACCUCGCCUCCUAGGCGUGACCCGUCCACCCCUCCGUGUCUGUUUUUUAAAAUCCGCGACAGCUUGUGAUUCCCACCCCUUCUCCAGCUUCUUUUGCCAACCGAAGCCUUCUGCCACUUCUGCGGGCUCCUUCGUCCGGCAGGUUUUCCCCUCGGCCGACUUCCUGGUUUCUCUCUGGAUGGAUCAGGCGCGGGCCUCUCUGGGGCAGGCCGAGGCCGGGCUGGAAAGGGAGACCUGUUGGCUCCCCGGCCUCCCCUGCCUCUGUCUUCUCCCCGCCUCAGCCUCCUGCCCAGCGCCUCACGCACCCACACAUUCCAGGGCUGGGCGAACGCCACAUUCCCAGGACCCCGGGGCAGGGCCUCCGUUCCCCAGAGUGGAACCUACCCCUUGGUCCCUGUCGCGCAGGGCCCAGUGCGAUGGGCUUUACUGCUCUUCUCAAAGACGGGGCUCCUGGCCCAGGAGAGGCCGUGCUCCCCAGCCUGGCCCUCCUCGAGGGCGGCGGCAGGAGAGCGGAGUUCCGCGUUGGCAUGAAUUCAUCCCCCCACGUUCCUUCUCACUGUGAUUUCGCCCUCCUGCCCACGCAGACCUGGGGGGAGCGAAGAGCUCCCCAGGAAGCACAGCUUGGGUCAAGUUCUCGCCUUUCUUGAUUUUAGGGACAGCUGCAGGCAGGAGGGGAACAGGGUGUUCUCUCCCGUAGCCCUUUUUCCCCACUCCCACCCCAGGCUCGGGGACCCUCGCUGCCUCCUUGGCUGGAGGCCUCAGCGCCGGGCUGUGGGUGAGGUGAGCCGCUCCUCCCUGCUCCUCCCGGGGAGGGGUCUCGGGCCUUCCACGGCCUCCCCUUGCCGGCCUGACGCCACGUGCGCGUGGAGCAGCGCGAGGCCCGCGGGCGCUCUCUAUCUCCGAGACCUGGCGCGCGGGCAGGAGUGUGCGUGUCUGCGCGUGUCUGUGGCAGGCGUGCGUGAGUGUGAGCAUGGGGUGAGAGAUGCGGGUGUGCAGGUGCGGGGGUGUGAGGGCACAUAGAGCCGUUUUCCCCCGAUUUCCUCAAAACCCACGGCGAGAGGGGAGGGCCCUGCGCAGUGUGCUGGGCGGAGGAAGGGGUCGGCGUGGAGUUGGUGGGGGCUGCCCUGGGCCUGCAGCUUCCUGGGGGGAGGCGGGGGAAGGCUCCGUGGCUCUACGCAUAUCCUCCAGCCCGCCGCUGCGUGGACACUGUGUCACCCACACUGUGGGUGCCUCACUCUGGGGGCCCUCCCCGCAGACACUCCCUGCCCCGCCCCACCCCGCUUACAUAAAGCCCCCCUGAAGCAAGGGAGCGGACCCCAGGGCUGCAAACCUGGAAGCACAGGCUCCGGGACAGGGAAGGGAACGUGGUGCUAUGUCCAGUUCCUUCCCUCCGCUCGUUGGCGGCCGUGACAACCCUUGCCCGACUUCAUUCAUCUCUGGGCCCUCCUCCCAUCUUUGCCCGAGUCCAUCCAGGCCCCGCAGUUGACAUCUUGUCCCUUUGCACACCUGUACCCUGCAGGUGAGGGAAGGGGCCUGAAGGUGUCAGUCCAUUCAGCAGUCGAGUCACCGUGGGUGUUUCUGUCAACUGCUGCUUAGCUGGUUUGGGAGGAUUUGCCCCACAUGAGAAACGGAGGAAAGGCCUGUGCAUGAGGAGCCCCUGCCCGGACAGUCCCUUUUCCCUGCCGGCCCCGGCCUAGGUGAGGGCAGCGGGGUGUCUUACACGGGGCGAUUUGGAGAUGAGAAGCAAUCUUGGGAGCCUCUGGGGACGCGCUGGUGCAUUCCACUUCCUCUUGAUCUCAAAGCACAAUGUGGAUUUGGGGACCAAGGGUCAGGGACACAUCCUGUUCAAGGACCUGUAGUUGGGGAAGUGGUGAGUGCGUGGGUGGAGGUCCCACCUCCCAGCAGCAAGCAGCAGCCCGUUGUCACUCAGCUUAAUUCUCCUUCCCAAACGAGACGAGCCGGCCACUGGAAUCUUGCUGCCGGCUCCUGCCUCGACUCUUCCCGUCCUAGAAAUAGGGGCCAUUUUCUUAUACACCCCCAGAGAGAGGAGGGACUGUCACACUGGUGCUGAGGGACCCAGGGGCUACUUACUGGGCGUCCUUGUUCCUUGCCAGAACCAUCCAUCCCUGGAAGAGCACAGAACCCCGAGGGCUGGGCUGAAUCCCUGGUCUUUUCUGUAGUUCACGGAGGUCUUUUGGCCAAUCUAAUCCCGGGAAAGGCGCAGCAAAGCUAGAAUGUGAAUUUAACGUUCGUGGACCAAUAACGAAGUGCAAGCCCAAUGGUGAGAAAAGUGAAUUCUCCCAACUCUGCUUCCUGUUUUCGCCCCUCAUGUCCCUCCAGGGAAAACUACUUCACUGCUUAAUUUCUGCCUUUCCCCCCUCACAUAUGCACUUUUGGCCCCCUUUUUAUAGCUGGAAAAAACAAAAUACCACCCCAUGAACCUGUAUUUAAAAAGAAAUGACCGUGUGAAACUUGCCUGUGUUCAAACAUGUCAUCGUGCGUGUACAGCGUCCACUCAUCUUUUUAUAUGGGGGUGUUGUCCUAUUUUGGUCUGUCUGGUCUUCUCCCUCGUGGGCUUGUGCUCGGGAUCAAAUCUUUCUGGCCUGUUAUGAUUCUGAACAUUUGACUUGAACCACAAGUGAAUCUUUCUCCUGGUGACUCAAAUAAAAAUAUAAUUUUUACCUUCGGA